CUUUAAUUACUGCCUCAAUUCGGCGUGGCAUGGAGGUGAUCAGUUUGUGGCACUGCUGAGGUGGUAUGGAAGCCCAGGUUUCUUUGACAGUGGCCUUCAGCUCAUCUGCAUUUUUUGGUCUCUUGUUUCUCAUUUUCCUCUUGACAAUACCCCAUAGAUUCUCUAUGGGGUUCAGGUCUGGUGAGUUUGCUGGCCAGUCAAGCACACCAACACCAUGGUCAUUUAACCAACUUUUGGUGCUUUUGGCAGUGUGGGCAGGUGCCAAAUCCUGCUGGAAAAUGAAAUCAGCAUCUUUCAGCAGAAGGAAGCCUGAAGUGCUCCAAAAUUUCUUGGUAAACGGGUGCAGUGACUUUGGUUUUCAAAAAACACAAUGGACCAACACCAGCAGAUGACAUUGCACCCCAAAUCAUCACAGACUGUGGAAACUUAACACUGGACUUCAAGCAACUUGGGCUAUGAGCUUCUCCACCCUUCCUCCAGACUCUAGGACCUUGGUUUCCAAAUGAAAUACAAAACUUGCUCUCAUCUGAAAAGAGGACUUUGGACCACUGGGCAACAGUCCAGUUCUUCUUCUCCUUAGCCCAGCAACCUCUGCAGUUGUGUCUUUUGGACUUCAACGGAUGCAUCAUGCUGUUGGACAGUCUUUGUGCUGUCCAGAUUCUACUGGCCCUAUCUGUUGUGACAUUAGGUUCGGACAGCGAACCCCAAAAUGCACCCCGUGUCUUCUUGUCCUUUAAAGAUCUGAGGUCUACGGAAACGACACAUUAUUUUUCUUUCCUGUUGAACACAUCAGACUAUCGUAUCUUACGCAUGGAUGAGGAUCACGACCGCAUGUACGUUGGCAGCAAAGACUAUAUCCUGUCCCUGGAUCUCCACGACAUCAACCACAAGCCCCUCAUAAUACACUGGCCGGUUUCCCCACAGAGGAAGACUGAGUGUGUGUUAAGUGGCAAAGACACAAACGGCGAGUGCGGUAAUUUCAUCUGUCUGAUUGAGCCGUGGAACAGGACGCACUUGUACGUUUGCGGAACGGGCGCCUACAACCCUGUGUGCACUUAUGUCAACCGAGGACGCAAGCCAAUGACUGACAUGCAUCUACAGAUGCCCCAGACCAGAGGAAGAACCAGUCGUGCAGCUGAACCUGAAGUAGUGUUUGAUGAGACAGGACUACAGGAAUACGUGUUCCAUUUGGAGUCUGGCAAGGAGGAUUCGGGGAAGGGAAAGUGCCCAUAUGACCCAAAGCUGAACAGUGUCUCUGCUUUAAUCAAUGGAGAGCUGUAUGCAGGCGUGUAUAUUGACUUUAUGGGGACGGACUCUGCUAUUUUCCGAACUUUGGGGAAAAAUGCAGUCAUGCGUACUGACCAGUAUAACUCAAGAUGGCUGAAUGACCCCUCCUUUGUCCAUGUGCACCUUAUUCCUGACAGCAAUGAGAAAAACGAUGACAAACUGUACUUUUUCUUCCGUGAAAAGUCUUCUGAGAUGGGUCAGAGCCCCAAAUCUCAGUCCCGCAUUGGCCGAAUCUGUCUGAAUGAUGAUGGGGGACACUGCUGUUUGGUCAACAAGUGGAGCACCUUUCUGAAAGCUCGCCUCAUCUGCUCAGUCCCGGGUGCUGAUGGGAUUGAAACGCAUUUUGAUGAGCUCCGGGAUGUGUACAUACAACCCACGCAAGACACUAAAAAUCCGGUCAUCUAUGGGGUCUUCUCAGUUUCUGGCUCUGUAUUCAAAGGCUCGGCCGUCUGCGUCUACUCCAUGGCGGACAUUCGGAUGGUGUUCAAUGGACCGUUUGCCCACAAAGAAGGCCCUAAUUUUCAGUGGGUUGCCUACACUGGCAAAAUCCCAUAUCCUCGGCCAGGAACAUGUCCUGGUGGGACUUUCACCCCUAACAUGAAGUCCACGAAGGACUACCCUGAUGAAGUCAUCAACUUUAUGAGGAACCAUCCCACCAUGUACAACGCUGUGUAUCCAGUGCUUAAGCGCCCCCUGGUGGUCAGGACCAACGUGGGCUACGAGUUCACCACCAUCACAGUGGACCAGGUGACUGCGGCUGAUGGCAACUAUGAGGUGCUCUUCCUGGGUACAGAUAAAGGUACGGUACAAAAAGUGAUUGUCCUGCCCAGAGAUGACCUGCAAACAGAGGAACUUGUGUUGGAAGAAAUGGAGGUCUUUAAGGUCCCUACUCCUAUCACAACUAUGAAGAUUUCCUCAAAACGGCAACAACUAUAUGUGGCAUCUGCUUUGGGAGUGACUCACUUGGUCCUGCACAGGUGUGAUGUCUACGGUGAGGCAUGUGCAGACUGUUGUCUGGCCCGGGAUCCUUACUGUGCCUGGGACGGAAAGUCCUGUUCUCGGUACUCUGCAUCGCAGAAGAGACGCAGUCGACGACAGGAUGUGAAGUACGGAAACCCCAUACGGCAAUGCAGAGGAUACAAUUCUAACGCCAAUAAAAACACACUGGAGACAGUGCAGUAUGGAGUGGAAGGCAGCAGCACAUUUUUGGAAUGCCAGGCCAGAUCUCCUCAUGCGGCCAUCAAAUGGCACCUCCACCGAGACAACAGUGAUAGGAGGAGAGAGGUUCACACCGAUGGGCGUGUUUUGAAGACAGACCAAGGCUUACUACUCCGAUCUCUCCAGUCCUCAGAUUCUGCUAUCUACAUCUGCACAGCUACAGAGAAGAACUUUAAGCACACCUUGGUAAAACUUCAGCUGGUGGUUCUGACCAACCAGGCCGUCAACAACAUCUUGGUGGAAACGGGACGCCCAGCGGUCUCUUCACUCCAGUCUAGUGCCUGGACCCCUAGCGCCGGACAAUACAAAGACCUUCUCAACAUCCUCAGUCAGCCAGAGAUGGGCCUCAUAAACCACUACUGCCAGGACUAUUGGCAGUAUGGAGACCCAUUGACAGGAGACAUCAAGGCCAAAGACCUUAAAGAACUGAAGGAACAGAAGAAACCCCGAAAUCGUAGACAUCAUGGAGAUGAAGAGGAGACAUGAGGGGUUUACUCCCUUGGGCUGCAACCAGUCCUUAUCGGAAAGACUUUCUUAAAAGUUCUAAAGGAAGAAAACCUGGGAAAAAGGAAAAACAUCCAUCAGCUGAAUCUGAACUUUGCAAAAAAAAAAAAAAAAAAAGAAAAAAAAAAAGAA